AUUAGCACAGACAAAAUGGAUUUCAACUGAAGUAUCACUUGCACCCACUGUCUUUCACAAACCAAUCACUUCUUAACAGUAAAACAAAAAUACAGCUGACACGCAAUAAAGAGUUCUCCAACACCUCAUUACAGGAAUCACCUACUUUCUCAGCAGAUUGAGGCGAAUGCUUGAGCAGCACAUUCCUGCAGAAUGACUACCUGGUGAUGUAUUCAUUAAGGGUAUUCUUAGACCGGUGAUCUCACCAGGGAGGAGACCUCACUGGAUAACUGUGGGUCAAGGGAGUGGGCCCCCUGCUGAAAUGUAUAUCCAUGUCAUGUCAUGCAUUUGGAGAAAGGGCAGUUAUUUGUACGGUGGAAAUUUUCAUAUCAAAUGGUGUGUUAAUUCUAGAGAUUUCUGCAGCUAUAUCUGGAGGAAGCUGAUCCCUAUUCACAUGGCUGGAGUUGACCCCCGAUAUCGCCAUAUUGGUUGUUUACACGCACAUUUUUAAUAACCAUAUUUAAUUUCUAAUGCGUUCUGAAGACAAGACAUUGAAUUGAAAUCUGAAUUAAAAAGGAAAUAAAUAAAUGAAAAGUCUCGUCAUUAUACUUAGAUGCAAUUAAAUAACAAGAGGCUUCACUCCACACAAAGAUAGAUGCAUAAAGAUAUAAAAAAAUAUAUGAAAAUAAAAGCAUGUCAAUAAAAAUGUAAUAGCAUUAUAAGAAAAGUUGGUAUUAACAGAUAACCAUGUACAUAGAAUUAAAUGAAGCAUAUAAAAACAAUGAAUGGAAAAUCAAAUUGCAGAUAACAGACAAAAUGGGUACCCCACAUUCAAUUUUAAAUAUAUGUAUGUGACCAAUUCUGUGCGCCACCUGUUUUAACCCCAACGUGGAAGUUGCUGAUGUUCUGUAAAAAUCAGAUUAAGAUCCUAGUUCAGUUCAACCUUCCGCUCUUGAAUGCGCUUCAGGCAUAAACUGCACAAAGCAAAUAUGUGACCUCAGAUUGUCUGCUAAUCUACUGAUCUAUUCUAGUGUCUGCCUCACUCCAGGAUAGGCAUAAGCAUUCUAGGCCUUUGAGAUACCUGAGUCAGCGUAGAUUUAAUUCCCCCUAUUGACUCAUUCAGCUACACUUCUUUUUUUUUAUGUCUGCACUCUUUUCUAUUCUGCUCUUUUUCCAUUUCCACCUGCUGAUUUUACACAUCUUUGGCCAGAUGAUGGCAGCACUGCCUUUUUUCUGCAUUUGUUCUCCCCCCCACAGACUGUGUUGUCAGAGGUGCUUUUUCACCCCACGUAACCCUGGGAUCUGUGGGCAGCCCUGAGGAGGUUUUUACUAUUAAGCAUUUAGCAGCUUCACCAUCUCACUGCUUUACUUCAGAUGUGUUGCCAUGUAGAAAAUCAGAUCCAGUGACGAUAAGCUGAAUGUGGCUUACGUUGGUAAUACUCUCAUGGAGCCAGUUGUUCUGAGAAGUAUAGUCCACACACUGAGGAGGCUUAAGGUGGAAUGAACUAUUAGCUCCUCAAUAGGUUUAAUAAUAAUAAGUCAUAAAACUGUUAGUUUAUUUUUCUGGCUAUUUCAAAUCUUUGCCUUCUUUCUUAACAUACAAUGUUAAGCCGAGUUCCUUUUAAUACAAUAUGAGAAUGUUAUCGCCCUGGAAAUGUGCUGACGUAGUGCUCCUCUGUUUUCCAUCAUUUUUUUCCGAGCGGAUUUGGUUUGGCUGGAGGAGCCAGUCAACCAAACAAACCUGAACCCUUACUAAAACAAACAUGUCUGGAUCUUUCUUUACAGGCACUUGGCAGCUACUCUCUUUCCCCACCAGCCAGAACACCAUUCAGAGGCCAGACGUCCGCCUCGAUGACUUCUUCCCCGAGGCCUCCGACUCGGGCCUUCGCAACUCCCACAGCAAGGCAGGGAUCCCGGCUGGAGAAGGGCCACAAGCCCCUUUCCCCCUGGGAGGCGGCCUCCCGACACCCCCUGGGCCUGGUGGAUGAUGCCUUCUCUUUCCGGAACCUCCACCAAACCCUCGCCUCCAACGUCCGUUUGGCAGCCCAGCGCAAACUGCUGCCCGAGCCGCCGGCGGAAUGGAAGGCCGGGAGUUCUUACCAAGCCCCUCAGAAAACUGGCAGCCAGACUUGGAGCCAGAGCCGCAGUCAGAGUCAGGCCCCCCUGCCAUCGUUUGUGUCCCCAGCAAAGAGCGUUGUCUCCUCUGUCGCUGGUCCGGCCGGGUACCGGUCUCUGCCCAGACAGUGGCAGCCUCGGAGGCCUGUGACAGAGGCCAGCCUUGGGCCCUCUGCCUCUUCCUUUGAGUAUAAGAGGCCCUUGGGAACUUACAAGUCUGUGUACACCAGCAACACUUGGAAUUGGAGACGGUAGGAUACAACUCAACCUUGUGACGCAAUCAAGUGAAGUUAGAGCGUCAUCGCAGUUUUGAGUGAGCAGUGAGCGAAACAUGAUAUGGACAUUUGGAAAGGCUUGUUUGAAUUUCUCCUGGUUUUCAUGCUACUACGUGUUUUAAAAAAACACUUUCACCUUUUUUUCCCCUGUUAAAUCUUUAGUUUGAAAAGAUUUAGAUGAAAUAUUUGCAUGCAGCAAUCAAAUGUGAAGACCGAUGAUGACUUUAACAAUGUUCGGAGAGUUUACUCGGUGAAUUGAUUGGUGGAUACACUGAAGUUAGUUCAUCAUAAAAAGCCGUGAGCAUGUUGUUAUGGAACGGACGCACUGAGUGUGAAUCAUGUGCUGGAUGAGUGGAGGGUUCGGAUGAUUAUAUAGAAACAGUUUGUCUGGAGAUGACGAUAGCUGAGUGUUCAGUUAAACUUUCAGAAUGUGGAAGACGAGUAACUCGAAGUACUCAGUAGAGCGCAUACCUCCGCCAAGGUCCAACAGUCGCCUUAUGAAAGUACAUCUCGAUCCCGAUUUUUUUUUAUUUCACUCAA